AUGCGCCGUUCCAAUCGUGCUCGCUCUGGAAAGAGCGGCCCCUCCAGCGGUCGCCAGUCAGGGCAACAUGACGGGCCAGGCGACGACGAGAUCCCUCAAGUAUAUCGGGAGAUGCUGGCAGAAGCUGAAGCCCGAGAUGCUCAGGCACUAGCAGAAGAUCGGCCCAUUAAGAGGCGCAAGGUGCAAGAGCAACCAACCACAGCAAAUGCCUCCCAAGUUACAACCCAACCAGCACAAUCCCAAACAAGUGUCGAUCAACAAUAUGACCGACAGGUGCAGACGGUGUAUGACUCUUCCACAUCCGAUGAAUCAGAUAUGGAGUGGGAAGAAGUUGAUCUUCAACAACCCCCCGCUGGUCCAGCCGAUACAACUCCGGCUGCUCAAGACAGCGGGCCCAUGGAGAUUACACUGGGCAAACUCGAUGACCAGAAGCGAAGAGUAGCACCAAGGCGAAAGCCUAUCACUGCGGCCGAGAGGAAGUUGAGAUUGGACAUCCACAAAGUUCAUUUGCUCUGUCUUAUGCGCCAUGUUCACAUACGUAAUCUGUGGUGCAACGAUGAAGAAGUCCAGGAGCAAAUCAUGGUGGACCCGGAAGUCAUAUUGUCGAAGGGAGACUUUCAGAAGCAAGCGAAGACACUACAGGGCUCUCGCGAUUUCGGUGCCCAGAUCUUUUGUGCCUUACUACGUUCCGCGGCUGUAGAGGCAAGAUUAGUCUGCUCGUUGCAACCGUUGCCGUUUUCCGGUACAACGAAGAAUAUGACCCCGAUCAAGCCUAAACCGCAAUACAUUGUCAUCUCAUCAGACAAUCCCGAAACCUCCACUGAUGAACAAGCCAAACCUCAGGGCUCUCCGGUUCCACAAUCUAGAACGCGAAGACUUGGUCGCCCACAAUUCAAACCAUCUCGUCCCUCAAAGCCGAUCGUUACCAGUCCACGACCAACCACCCAUCGAGAGUCAUCAUAUCCUGUUUUCUGGGUCGAGGCUUUUAAUGAAGCGGUUCAAAAAUGGAUUCCUGUCGAUCCCUUGGUGACGAAGUCCCUUGCGAAGUCCUUCAAGUUUGAGCCUCCAUCUAGCGAUCCAUAUAACUGUAUGAGUUACGUGGUUGCCUUCGAGGAAGAUGCUUCAGCGCGAGAUGUCACCCGCCGUUAUGCAAAGGCGUUCAAUGCCAAGACGCGCAAACUCCGAAUCGAAUCCACGAAGAACGGCGAGCGAUGGUGGCAGAGAGUGUUAGAAUUCUACGAAAAACCGUUCCUUGAGGACCGCGAUGAAAUCGAGAUCAGCGAGUUGACAGCCAAAACGGCUGCUGAGCCUAUGCCUCGGAAUGUGUUAGAUUUCAAGGAUCACCCCAUUUAUGCUCUGGAGCGACAUUUGCGUCGCAACGAAGUUGUCUUCCCCAAACGUGCCAUCGGUCAAGUUGGUCUGGGCAAAUCAGGCUCGAAGCAUGAAAAGCUAGAGCCCGUCUAUCGACGCUCUGACGUUCAUUCUCUCCGUAGUGCCGACAAAUGGUACCGAUUAGGACGAGAUAUAAAAUUAGGGCAGCAACCUAUGAAACGCGUUCCGGCUAGCAGAGCUCCCUUAAUUGAUGAAGACUUUGAAACAGCCGCGGAAACCCCUCUCUACUCUCUGUCUCAGACGGAGCUAUACAAGCCUCCACCAGUCGUCCAGGGGAAAAUACCAAAAAAUGUUUAUGGGAAUUUAGAUAUUUAUGUGCCGACAAUGGUGCCACCAGGGGGUGUCCAUAUCAUUCAUUCCGACGCCGCACGGGCUGCCAAAAUUCUCGGCAUCGACUACGCAGAUGCCGUUACAGGUUUUGAUUUCAAAGGUCGCCACGGUACUGCCGUAUUUCGAGGGGUUGUUAUCGCCAUCGAAUGUCGUGAAGCUCUUGAGGAAGUUAUUCGAGCGCUCGAGAAUGAGAAGGAACAGGCUUUAUUGGAAGAGAAGUCUGCCGAAUCUCUCCGACUUUGGAGACACUUUUUGCUCAAGUUGCGCAUUUCAGAAAGAGUCAAGGGAUACGCCAUCGAAGGAGAAGAAGGCGAUAACGAAGGAAGCAAUGAUAUGAAUGAUGAUGAUAAUGAUGAUUUUGGGGACGCGGAAGAUUACGGGGGUGGGUUCGUACCGGAGCCAGAUCAAGUAGUUGCCUCUCCUCAUGCUGGGACAAACAUUGGGGAAUAUGCUACACAAGGCCCAACAUCACAGCAUGUUUCUGGGUCCCUAUCAGAUGCCGACGACACACCUGGUGGAGGAUUUAUGCCCGAAGAGGAUGCCAGCGCUACAGUCCCUCCGCCUCGAACAGAUAUGAAGCCCAAUUAUACAGAUCGGAAUACAGCAGACAACUCGCGCUACACUCUUGUUGUUUUACCGAAUGAUAACUAUGAGAAAACAAAUGACCUGAAGACUGCUGACAACAACCUUGGAUCGUCACCCAGGGUAUCCGAGUCCAAAGUCAAUACAGAGGCAGGCCCUUCGGAGAAUGCUCAGGUCAACCAAGGCUCGUUGGAAGCACCGAUCACGGUCGAAUCAUCCACCGGAGCAGAUUCCAAAUCUGCCAGUUUGGAAGUUCUAUCACGGCCACCCUCACAGCCAGAGUCACGAAUCCCAUCUCUGGAACCUCCGGAAAGCGAGGCAGGGAGUAAUGAUGAAGGAUCGUUACUAUCUGAAGAUCCCGAGGAUGAAGAUGCUAUACCCGAGUGGCUGAUGUCAGAUUAA